AUGUCAGCUCUAAACGGAUGGCACCCAGGAGAAGAACGCAUUCGAGAGAAGCUCGCGUUCGACAAGAUCCCCUCUCUCACAUACUCGUACACGAUGGUAAAGGGAGAAAUGCCGGAGCAACACUCGACGUUCUACUCCUCGAACCUCCACUUCCUCCCCGUCGUCACUCUCGACGCCGACAGCCGCCCAUGGACCUCGAUACUUGCUGGGGAAGGAGGAGAAAUCGGGUGGGUCAAGCAUCCCCGCUACAACACGCUCAAUCUUAUCCCCAAAGUCUGGGAAGGCGAUCCAUUGUGGGAGAAUACGAAGCAGGACCGUAGCGGCGGAGAAGAUGACUUGCUGAUAGCUGGGAUUGGCGUCGAAGUCUCUACCCGACGAAGGAACAAGUUCGCUGGGAAGGUGACCGUGCUCGAGAGAGAUGAAGCGGCGAGGCGAAUGAAGAUGGAUAUCGAAGUUAAUCAGGCCAUAGGAAACUGUCCCAAGUAUAUCGUGCUUCGCUCCGUUGAACCAUACCCUGCCUCGAAUCCUACAAUAUCCCUGCAAAAUCUCCACGUUGGCCAGUACGAACGCCUCCCAGAAGCGGCUAUCUCCUUCAUUCACGCCGCAGACACUGUAUGGCUGGGAACCGCCUACCUCCCCUCAGCCUCGCCCCAAACCUCCAAAUUCCCUCCCCACCUCGGAGUCAACCAUCGCGGCGGUCGACCAGGUUUUGUCCGCGUUCGCCCAUCCGACGGCCGCACCCUCGUUCUCCCAGACUACUCUGGAAAUCGCAUCAUGACAACGCUCGGCAACAUCGAGCACACACCCGUCGCUUCGCUCACCAUCGCCGACUUCGAAUCCGGGGACGUCCUCUACCUCACUGGACAAGCGAAGAACUUGGUCGGGGAGGAAGCUGAAGACGUUAUGCCGUUCCAAUCCGUUCUCACCACCAUCCAUAUCACCGGCUUCGUGUUCGUCAAAGAUGCGUUACCCAUUCGACAGCAACCCCUCGCCGAUAAAGGUCCUGAAGGUGUCGAAUACAGCCCGUACAGUCCGCCAGUCAGACCUCUCAAGGAGGAACUCGAGGCCCAAGGCCUCAGCCUCUUCGCCUCUUCAGGAUCUGACGGGAAGCCCACAGCGCUGCUCAAACGGAUCCAGAUCGUCUCAGAAAACAUCGCCAUCUUCACGUUCUCCCCUUCCGUCCCUAUCAACCACAAACCCGGUCAAUAUAUCAUCCUCGAUUGGCGAUCCUUCCUUGGUGAGCGGCAGUACCGCCACAUGAGCCCAACCAGCCCCACAUCUCUGAACGACGAUUUCAUUCGGACGUGGACGAUCUCAUCCUUCGCACCCCACGACCCUGAUUCGAGUCCUACCAAAGCGAACGACUUCCAGCUUACGAUCCGAUAUCAACCAGGAGGCGCUGUAACAAGCCCUCUCUUCACGAUGGCGCGGAAGAUCCAACAAACCCGUCCCGAACUCCUCGACGAUCUCACCUCUCUAGCCAUCAGACCGAGGAUCCCAGGAGUAUCCGGGGAAUUCACACUGGACUUGCCCCGCGAGAACGAGAUUCAGUCCGCUGGAGUCGAGGGACCGCGAAAGCUCGUCUGGGCUGCAGGCGGGAUUGGCAUAACGCCCUUCUUGAGUAUGCUCCGUUCCAUUGUGCACCAUUCCAGGCGUUUCCCAGCAGUCAAAUGGGACAUUCUAUUCCUGCUCUCCACUCGCGAGCCUGAAAUCCUGGUACCCCUCGUCAUCGACGCGUGCGGCGCCUCCCCCGACGACCUAACGAACGUUACCAUCCAACUCCCCGUCUUCUUCACCAAAGGCCCCGAUACCCCUGUGGUUCCCGACAACACCCCCUCCUGGCUUUCGAUCACCCACCAUCCUACCCGCGUGACGCCUGAAUGGCUUCGAGGCAGUUCGCUGGACUUUAAGGGGCGGGAACUGUAUGUCUGCGGUGCUCCACCGUACGAGAAGACGAUCAUGGAUUCGCUUACUAGCGACGAGGUUGGGAUUAGCAAGGACGCUGUGAAGAGCGAAUGGUUUGCUUUCUAA